AUGAAAUUAAAAUUUCUAUCAUCAUGUUUUUAUCGUCACUUGUUAAGCAACGCAUUACAUUUGAAGUGUACUCUCGAAAAAAAUAUGAAUCCACAAGACAGUGGCUAUCUUAGUUCCAGUCCAUCUAACGAACAAAUGUAUUCUCAUUCAGUGCAUAAUAGUAAAAAAUUACAUACUAAACCUGAAGAAUCCUAUGUAGCAAUGAUUGCUCGAGCUAUUUUAUCAUCACCGAAUUAUCAAAUGUUGCUUGUCGAUAUCUACGAAUGGAUUAUUCAUCAGUAUCCUUAUUUUGCAACAUCGCAAACUAAAGCCUGGCGAAAUUCUAUUCGACAUAAUUUAUCUCUAAAUGAAUGUUUUAUUCGACAAAAAAAAUCUGAAAAUGGUCGUGGUUAUUAUUGGGGUAUUCAUCCAGCUUCACUUGAUGCUUUUGUUCAAGGUGAUUUUCGUCGUAGACAAGCACGCCUUCGAGCAAAACAUGCAAACCAUUCAUCGAUGCAAUCUAUGCCAUGGAUGAUGAAUACAGAUUUAUCAUAUGAUUACUCUAUGCAACAAGGACAACCAUAUACGUACUAG